UGUAAGAUUUGUGACUAGAAAGUAAAGGAGUGAAGAAAAAAAGGAAAGGAGAAGAAUAUAAGCUCGUUUGCUGAACUGAGGUGACACACAGGGAUAUUCUCAGUCUCUCCAAUUUUAAUCAUCUGCACAGGUUGGCCUCCAGCGACAUGGAUAUCUUCACGGAUGGGGAUUUCAGUGCGUCUGAUAACACAAGUUAUGAAACAGGACGAGAAAGACUAGAAGGCAGCAAAAGCCAAGGACUCAACCACAGUGACCCCCUGGACAUGUUUAUAGGCAUAGAGCUUCUUCAACGUUUCAAACCUCUCUUCCUGCCUCUCUACUGCCUUGUAGUGGUCGUGGCUGGUGUUGGAAACUCCUUCCUGUUGGCUUGCAUCUUGUCUGACAAGAAACUCCACAAUGCCACCAACAUUUUCAUCAGUAACUUAGCAGCUGGAGACCUGCUGAUGUGUUUGACUUGUGUUCCACUGACUGUGUCCUAUGCCUUCGACAGCCAUGGCUGGGCUUUCGGCAGACCCCUCUGCCACCUGGUCCCCUUGCUGCAAUGUGCCACAGUGUUUGUAUCAGUGCUUUCACUCACUGCCAUUGCUGUGGAUCGCUAUGUUGUUGUAGCUCACCCAGUACGGAGGAGGAUCUCUGUGUGGGGUUGCGGUGCAGUGAGUCUGGGUGUCUGGCUUUUAUCUCUGGCGCUGGCUGCACCUCAAUCUCUCUACAUUCGCUAUAUGGACCUGCGACCCAAUGGCAUCGACCUUGUUGUGUGUGAAGAAUUCUGGCCACAUACUGGUAAUCUGCGGCUGCUCUACUCCUGCUUCACUCUCAUAGCCUCCUAUAUGAUCCCACUGCUGUCGGUCAGUGUUUCCUAUUGUGCCAUCACUGUCAGCCUAAAACGCUAUUCAGUACCUGGGGAGCCAUCCAACAGCCAGCAGCGCUGGAGCCAAAGAAGAAGGAAGACCUUCUCUCUGCUCGUGGCCUCAGUGCUGGCUUUUGCCCUAUGCUGGCUGCCCCUGCAGGUGCUGAACCUGCUGCUGGACCUGGACCCAGACUUUUAUAUCAUAGGGAAGCGCUACAUUAACGUCUUACAAAUCUGCUGUCAUUUAGUAGCUAUGAGCUCUGCGUGUUACAACCCCUUCAUUUACGCCUCACUGCACAGCAAGGUGCGCUUGCACCUAAAAGGCUACCUCUGUCCUUGUCGUAAUCGUCAGAGUGAGAUGGUGGAGAGGGCGAUGUCCAGGAGCUGAUUUCCAUGCCCGAUAUGAUACAACUGUUGUAUAACAGCUCCUGACAUCCAGAGUGCUGUUUUUACCCACCUGCACCCCUAACACCGAUGUUAACACCUGAGGUGUCCAGGAGAAAAAACCUAUUUACAUUUAACUAUAAAGCAAGGACUUUUUUGUCUGUCUGUCUGUCUGUCUGUCUGUCUGUCUGUCUGUCUGUCUGUCUGUCUGUCUGUCUGUCUUCAUAUAGCUUAAGAAUUUAUCUACAUGAGAAAUGGUAGGUUUAUUGUUGGGCACCGAAGGACGUGCAGUGUCGAAUCUGGUGCAAUUUGAAGACACGAAAAAAAUUCUAAACUUUGAAAAAGAAAAACAACAGCGUUCUGUGCAGGGGCGGGGCUUAAGGGCUCUACAGACUGAGUCCAGCAUGUUAUCCGCAGCGGACUUUAAAUGUUGUGGUUAGUUGCCUGCAGUUCACUUUUGCUGCUGACUCACUUCCUUGGAGUCAACGAGUGAUGAGCGGUUUCCAACAGCAAUACCGAUUCCGAAAGGGCGCUGCACUAGUCCAUUUAAACCAGAUUUCUCCAUGCUUUUCCAGCAUUUUGUGACUUCAAGACAAUUGGUCCUCUCUUGUAAAUUGUCACUAGCGGAAGUGCUAAAUAAAGCCACUUAUGACAAACAGGCGAAGAAGCAGAUCCAUAGCAGUGUAGUUUAGUACGAUGAAAAAGAAGAUUAAGGCAUCCACAGGGAUCCCUGUGUUUUUGUUGGGCGGCCGAGCUGCUGGCAUAGACACUAAGCAGACCCUGCAGCUUUAUAAAAGCAUGUAGAGCUGAGGGGUUCUGUAGCAGACAUGCUGGAAGAUGAGACCAGGGGUGGCCACACUGGGUGGAUGGCCUGGGUUAUACUUAAACAGCAAACGCUAGACUUCAGGGAGCCGACCGAACAAUGAACUCUUCUCACCAGACAUGGAUUAUUAUGGAUCAUUGUAGACAUUGAUACCAGAUUUUAUUAUUUUGGCCCUGGUACUAAAUAUCUGUGCUUCAAAAUCAGUUAUGUAUCUCUUGUACUGCAUCACCAACAUUAUAUUAGAUUUAUUAUGUUGAAAUACACAAUGCCUGCUAUUUGUAGUGUAACUAUGUAGGAGUUAUUCUUUAUGGUUUGAGUCCACUCUCUUGCGUCACUU